UUUGAUCCAUAGCCUAGCUUCCCUAAAUUCAAUUAACUAUAAAAGGCAUAAUUCAGCAUGCAAGAAUUAUAACUUGUAUUAGAAAUUAAAUCCUCACAUACAUUUGAGUGUAACACAAUUUCAUAAGAAAAAAAAAAAGAAAAGAUGGAAGCUCGUUAUUUUCUAGCUUACCUUACUUUCUUUGCCAUGUCUUUCUAUGUGGCCUACGCGACAGAUCCUACUCAGUUACAAGACUUCUGUGUCGCGAUGAAUGAUCCAAAUAAUGAAUUGUUUGUGAACGGAUUGCUAUGCAAGAAUCCAAUGGCUGCCAAACCCGAGGAUUUCUUUUUUGAAGGGCUAGACAAGCCAGGAAACACGAACAACAUGGUACGUUCCAAUGUGACACUAGUAUCCGCAUUACAACUAGCAGGGCUCAACACCCUCGGCAUAUCUUUGGCUAGGAUCGACUAUGCACCUUACGGCCUUAAUCCUCCUCACACUCAUCCUCGUGCAAGUGAAAUCCUUACAGUCAUUGAAGGAACCCUCUAUGUUGGAUUCGUAACUUCUAACCUUCCGAAUGGAGACAACAAGUUGUUCGCAAAGGUGCUUAACAAAGGAGAUGUUUUUGUUUUUCCACAAGGCCUCAUUCAUUUUCAAUUUAACGCUGGAAAAGUUCCUGCUAUUGCUAUUGCUGGAUUAAGCAGCCAAAACCCUGGCACGGUCACCAUUGCUAAGGCGGUGUUUGGGGCUGAGCCACCUAUCUCGGUUGAUGUUCUAAGCAAGGCCUUUCAGCUAGAUGAUCACAUAGUAAAGAAGCUUCAGUCUCAGUUUUGGAUGAGCCCUUAAUUCUUCCAUGAUUUUGGAGUAUUAAUACAAACCGUUGAUUUGAUAUUUCAAAUGUAGAACUACAAAAAUCAGUAUUUGUGUAUCAUAACCAAGUGAAUAAGUGAUCGAUAUGGUCUUGGUUUAUCAAUUUAAUUGUGUUCUGAAUGUAUCUUAAUAUAUUUUACAUGUGCUAUUGCACGAGAUAUUUCUACAA